UACAAGCAUGACUACAAGUAUUAAUAUUAAUAUAAUUACACUGUAUGUCCUGUAAAACUGUACGCUGUAUUGCAGGCAUUUACGGAGUGAUGUAAUAUACAAGAAUGAGUCCUUGAGCCGAUCCUCUGGUGAGAGAGGAGAGGAUGGAGAGUUUUAUAGUAAAGUUUUAAAACUGGGUGGUUUACCUAAACGGUUGGAUAGACUCAUUGAUGGAAUCAGACAUCUUCAGGUUGUGUACGGACCCCUUCUCUUCUAUGAGUUUAUCCUGUACAUCUAUCUCCUGAUCUGUGUAGUCUACAUGUCCUUCGCGAUCAUCAUCAAUUCAUUCAAGGCAAACACACAACAAACAUUUCCUCCUUGGUGGAUAUUAGGCUACCUAAUACUGAGUAUCCAUCACUACAUGAGAUUAUCUAUGUUCUGCCAUGCUGGAGACCAUCUUAGACGUGAACUGUUCAAAACCUUGACAUUAAUCAGUCAGUUUGGGUUCGUACAGAACGAUACUGCUCUACUAGCACUGGCCAUUGCUCGCAAACCAGAUCAGCUACUGACUGUAGGAGGAUACUGUAGGUUGGAUAGAACUUGUCUCAGUAAACUCCUAUUUCUAGUUCUCCUGGCUGUUAUUGCAAUCUCAAACUUUAAGCUUUAUGAGUUUAAAACUCUUUAAAAAAAAAACAAUUUAAAACAGUAAUUUUCAACAAUAGAUUUAAAAUACAAAAGUAUAAAAGAUUUUUAUCAUACUUGGUUUGCUCUGUGUUCAGAUUCUAUAGCAUAUUGCAUAAUGAGAGGGUUGGAUGUAGUUUAAUAUCGUUCUAGCAUUCUCAUGUUUAUGAGUACUUUUUUAUAUGUGACAAAAACCACUGAGAUUUAUGAUUUUUGGAAAUUCAAUUUUUAAGGAAUAAAUAGUUAAUAAAUAAAA